CGAGGGACGGCCGGACCGCUCGCCCGGCUCCUGCACCCGGCCUCGCAGAUGUUUUCCAGGACUAAUGCAACUGAUGAAAUACCUGCCCUUUUCUGUUCAAGAGGCUGGUUUAAUUGAUUUAUUUUCCCUGUAAGUGUGGAAGCCAGAAAGUCAAAGUUUGUCGUAAUAAAAAGUAACAGUUGGAGUAUUCCCGGACAGUAGCCACUUGACUUUGGGUUAUUCAGCAUGCAGAACAGACAGGGGUACUGCAGCUAUUGCUGUGUGCGCUAUAAUAACCUGGAGCAGCAUAUGUCCAGUGCUCAGCACAGAUACUUGACUACACAGAAUCGACAGCGGAUGGGUACCACUAGUUUGAUGGAACGUUUCUUGCAGGAUGUACUCCGGCACCACCCAUAUCAUUCUCAAGAAAGCAGAUCAAUGCAAAAUGAGAGACUUCUUACGAAUACUGCGUCACCUACCGUGUCACCUACUGCGUCACCCUCUGAAGUGGUUCCUGUUGAUGAUUGUAUUUCUGAAGAAAUGACUGAUGAUGCUGCUGGUGUCAAAGGAGAGAGCUCCCCCAAGGGUUUUGAACCUAGUAAAGAGUUACAUUCUAGACCUAGUAAAUCUCAGGAAUAUAUACAGGGGGUUUCAGUUAGACCAUCAGUUAUCCAAAAACUGGAGAAGGGACAGCAGCAGCCCUUGGAGUUUGUUCAUAAAAUUGGGAGUGGUGUGAAAGAAUUUAAUCCAGUUGGUAUUGGUCAAGCUACAAAUAAUAGACAGAGCUUAAUAUGUCCCUCGGUGAUUUCUAGUGCUCCUGCUAGUUGUUUACCUGGAAGUUCCUAUGACAGACCGGUUACAACUAAAACGACUAGGUCACCAGCAGCAGCCAGUUUGGGUCCAGUCAGAAAAUGUGACCCAAACAAAGUUGACAGAUACCUUGAACAGCCAGACAGGGGCUCUAGAAAUUCUGUGCUAUCGUCCAAUCUAGAAACUUCUUCAGUUUCAUAUCAGAAACAAGAAUCAGACAGAAAAUCUUUAUGUACAAAUUCAGAUAAAUUGAUUAUACGGGAAGAUGUAAAGUCUCAGUGUAAAACUUUGUCAACUGGCGCUAAAGUCCGUGAAUUUAUGGGUACUGAAGGCUCUUUAAAAUCUGAAUCUCUUUCCAAAUUGGCUGUAAACCAAGCAAUCAAUGUGAAUAAAACUGGUAUGCCUUCUAAUAAAGGACUCUUUGAAGAUGCUGCUGCAAAGCACCGUGAGAAAUUCUUUUCGGGUAUGGAUCAGACCCAAGAGGAAAAGCAUUUGGUUUUUAAUAAGUCAGCCUUUUUGGAACAGAAGAGCUCAGUGAUUUCUGAAACAAAGUUUGCUCGUGGCUGUCUUCAGUCAGCGUGUAAUCAACCCGAAGAGGCUGCACAAGACCUUUGGAAGGAAGAGCAAGUUGACCAAGAAGAUAAAAACUAUGAAUCGAGAGCUUCUGAAAUGAGUUUUGACUGCAGUUCUUUUCAUUCACUGACUGACCAGUCUAAAGUGACGGCCACAGAAGUAAAUGUUUCAGAGGAAGUAUAUGCUGAUCUGCAGUGUAAGAACGAUAAAUCUUAUGCUUCUGAAGUAAGUUCUGAUGGUGCUGGCUCUCUUCAGUUGGCUACCAACCGGACUCAAGUAAUUGUUAAAGGUGUAGGUGCUCAGAAGGCAAAGCCUGUUAGCCUGGUUGAUGAAAGCUAUGAAUCUAGUGAUUCUGAGAUUAAUUUUGAUUGUGAUGCCUUACUUCAGUCAGCUGAUGACUACCCCCGACAGCCUGCAAAAGAAGGAAACCUUUCUAAGGAGGAACACCUUGACUUGGUUGAUAAGAACUAUGGAUCUAGUAGCUCCGAAAUAAGUACUGAUUCUGCUUUGCCUCUUCAGUCGCUGGGUGACCAACUCCCAGUGGCUGUCACAGAAGCAAAACUUCAGAAGGUUCACAUUGGCUUGGUUGAUAAGAACUAUGGAUCUAGUUGUUCUGAAACAAGUACUGAUAAUGAUGUUUCUCUUCAGUCAGUAGUUGACCAUCCCCAACUGGUUGUCAAAGAAAGAAACCUAAAGGAUAGGCAUGUCUAUCUGAAAGAUAAGAGCCAUACAUCCAGUAGUGCUAAAGAACAUCUUGAUUAUGUGGUCUCUCUUGACACAGUGACGGAUGAAUCUCAGAGGGCUGUUGAAGAAAUAAGUCUUCUGGAAGAGAAGAAUGAACCUGUGGAUAUGAACUAUGAUUCUCAUGGUUCUGAAAUGAGUUUCCACACAGAUGCUCGAUUAAUGGCUGGCCAAUCAGGAGUAAUAGUUAAAAAAGUAAACCUUCGAGAAGUACCUGUUGACCUGGAGGAUAAGAGUGUUAAGUCUAGCAAUUCUGAUCAGAGUUUUGAUUCUAAUGCUUCUCUUUAUCAAUCGGUUAGUGAUCAGCGUCAAGGGGCUCUGGGUGAAAUAAGCCUGAAAGAGUUAAAUUUUGAUAUGGAAGUUAAGAGCUAUGGAUGCUCCAGUUCUGAGCUGACUUUUGAAUCUGAUCCCCCUGCUAGGUCAGGUACUGAGCAGUCUGAGAUGGACAUUGAAGAAAUAAGAAAAAGGCACAUUAAUUUGGAAGAUCACUGUGGUUCAAAUAGUUCUGGAAUAACUUUUGAUUCUGAUACUGCUUCCCGCUCAGGAGGUGACCAGUCUCAAGUAGCUAUUUAUGUGGAGGAACCUAGUCCUCUGGAAAAUAAGACUCCUAAGUCUUGUGUUUCUGAAGUAACUUUUGACUCUGGCAUACCUGUUCAGUCGGGAAUGAAUCAACCUGGGCUAGCUGUUAAAGAAGUAAUCGUUCAGAAAGAAGACUAUAUCCACUUGGGAAGGAAGAAUGUGGAACCCAGUGGUUCUGAAAUAAGUCUGGAUUUUUAUGUCCCUCCUCAUUCAGUGAUUAACUCUCCUGAAAUAGCUUUGGAAAAGCUAAAUCUUCAAAAAGAAGAGCAGAUGUAUCUGGAAAGUAAGGUAAAUGAACCUAGUGUUUCUGAAUUAAGCUUGGAUUAUAUUUUUCAUUCAAUUACUGGACAUUCUAAAGAUCCCCUUCAAGAAGUCAACCUUCAGAAAGAAGAGCACAUACACUUAGAAAAUAAAGGUAACGGACCUGGUAUUUCUGAAAUCAGUUUGAAACCUGACAUGUCUUUUCAUUUAGUGACUGAUCAUCCUAACAUAGCUGAACCUGACAUGUCUUUUCAUUUAGUGACUGAUCAUCCUAACAUAGCUGUGAAAGAAACAAGCCAUCAGAAAGAACACAUAAACUUACAAGAUAAGGAAAGUGAAUUAAGUGUUUAUGAAACAGGUUUGGAUUCUGGUGUCCACCUUCAUCAGUCAGUGACUCAGAAGCCUGAAAUAGCUGUUAAAGAAAUAUGGCUUCAAAAAGAAAAGCUUGUUAAAUUCAAAAGUCAAAGUGCUAAAUUUAGUGGUUCUGAAACAGGUUCUGAUGUACCUCAUUAUUUAGUGCCUGAACCUCAGAUAGCUGUCGAAGAAAUCAGUGUUCAGAAAGAAGAACAUGUUCUAGAAAAGCGUGACAAAUACAGUAGCUCUGGAGUAAUGUUUGAUGCUGAUGUCCCUCCUCAGUCAAUGACUGAAACACCUCACAUCGCUGUUUUGAAGGAGGACCGUGUUGACCCGGAAGGUGAAAGUACUGGAUCGAGAGGUUUUGCAAUAAAUUUGGAUAUCGGUGCCCCUCUUCAUUCAGUCAUUGGUCAACCUCAGCCAACCCUCUUGAAGGAAAGAAACGUUCUUCUGGAAGAUAAAAACAGUGAAUCUAGUCAUUGUAAGGUAAGAUUUGAUUAUGGUGACCCUCUUCGGCCAUUGACUGGGCAAUUUCAGGAAGUGGUUAGGAGAACAACCCUGUGGAAGGAAGAGGAUAUUGGACUGCAAAAUAAAGUGUUUGAAACUAGUGGUUCUAAAUUAAUCCAUGGUUCUGGUGUUUCUCUUCAGCCCGUGGCUGAUCAGCCUGAAGUGGCUGUUAAACGAGUAAACCUUGAGAAUGAAGGUCAUGUGAAUGUGGAAGAUAAGCACAGCCAAUGUAGUGGUUCUGAAAUGAGUUUGGAUUCUGAUUUCUUGGUUCAGUCCAUAGUUGAUCAACCUCAAAUAACUAUUUUGGAUCAGGACCAUAUUGAGCUAGAAGAGAAGCACAGUCGGUCUGGUGGUUCUGAAAUAAGUUUUGAUUCUGAGGAUCCUCUUCAGUCAGUGGCUGACCAGGUUAGAAAAACCGUUAAAGAAAUAAGCCUUUGGAAGGAUGAAGUUGAUGUGGAAGAUAAGAGGGAUGAAGGUGAUGUGGAAGAUAAGAGGGAUGAAGGUGAUGUGGAAGAUAAGAGGGAUGAAUCCAAGGGUUUUGAAAUUGUGUAUGAUUCUGAUAUCCUUUUUCAGUCAGUGGCAGGCCAAACUGAAGAAGUCGUUAAGGAGAUCAACCUUUGGAAGGAGCACGUUGACUUGCAAGGGAAGAUUGUGGAACCUAUUGGUUCUAAAAUAAAUUUUGAUGCUAAUGAACCUCUCCAGUCUGUGGCCAAUGAGAUUCAAGAGGCUAUUACAGCAGAAAUAAAUCUUCUGAGGGAAGGGCAUGUCUGUCUGGAUGAUAAGGGCUAUGAACCCAACGAUUCUGAAAUAAUUUAUGUUUCAGAUAUCCCUCUUCAGUCAGUAGUUGAGCAGCCACACAUUUUGGAAGGGGAACAUGUCAACUUGGAAGAUAAGAGCAAUGUUUCUUGUCCCGAAAUAACUUUUAUUUCCGAUGAUCAUCUGCAGUCAGUGGCUGACCAGCUUCAAAAAUCUGUUAAAGAAGUAAGUCUUUGGAAGGAAGACCGUAUUUACCUGGAAGAUAAGAGCUAUAAACUUGGUGACUUCGAAGUAAGUUACGAUUCUGAUGUUCCUGUUCACUUUGUGGCUGAUCAGUCUCCUCUGACUGUCAAAGAAAUAAACUCGCAAAAGAGGGGUCAUACUGACCUAGAAAGUAAGAGCUGUGGACCUAGUGUUUCUGAAAUAAAAUGUGAUUCUGGUGUUCAUUUUCAGUUAGAAGUUGACCAGUCUCAAGUGGUGUGCAAAGAAAUAGAUCUUCCGAAGGAACGGCAUCUUGGCAUGGAAGUAAAGAGUAGUGAACCUAGUGAUUCUGAAAUGAUGUGUGAUUCUGAUGUUCCUCUUGAAAUAGUGGUUAACGAACUUCAGGUGUCAGUUAAAGAAGCAAAUCUUCGGAAGAUGCUCUUUGUGGACCUGGUGACCAGUGAUAGUGAUUGUGAAGUGAUUGCUGAGUCUGAUAUCCCUUUUCAGCCAGUGAUUGACUCCCCUCACAUGACUGUCAGAAUCGACUGUAUAAAUACGGAAGAUUUUGAUCUAGGUGAGUGCUGUGACUCUUGUGAUUCCGAAGUAGGAUAUGUUUGUGAAGCGUCUCCUCCAUCAAUGACAAAUGAACCCAAAGAGACUUUCAAAGUAGUAAACCAGAAGAAAGACUAUAUUAUUCUCCAAGAGUCCAGCUGUGAGUCUUACGGUUCUGAAAUAAAAUUUCAAAUUGAUCCCCCAGAUAGGUCUGUGACUUACCCAUUGCAAGGCUCUGAUAAAGAAAUGGUGACAUUUGUUGACUCAGAAGGUAAGAGUUGUAGACCUCAUAGUCCUAAGACACACUUUAAAUGGGAAGACAAUUCUGAGCCUGUGACUAGCAAACUUCAGAAAGCUGAUAAAGGAAGCAACUUUUGUCACAGGAAAGACGAAAAUACUGGCCGAAAAGAUAAGCACUGUGAAUCGAGGGGGUCUGCGGCGACUCGCAAAGCCUCUCCUGGGUCAGCAGGCCGUCAAAGGGCUGGUAAAGGAAACCCGAAGUUAAAACAUGCAGAUCGAGAAAGUAGGAGCUGCGAACCAUGCGGUUCUGGGAUGAGUUUUCAGUGUGAUCGCUCUCUUCAGUCUGAUAGUGGCCAGCCUCAACAAGCUGUUAGUAAAAAGGAAGGAUUUAAGAAGAGGUCUGUGGACCUAAAAGGAAAAAAAGGCGAUUCCCGUUCAGGCCCUGUUCUCAGGGUUGCUUCUGUAAGGAACCGGGAAAAAGCAAAGGAGGUCGUAGAAGACAAUCCCGAUGAACCAGUUCUCGAAGCCUUGCCUCAUGUCCCUCCUUCAUUUGUAGGCAAGACAUGGUCUCAGAUAAUGAGAGAAGAUGACAUGAAAAUUAACGCUCUGGUGAAGGAAUUCAAGGAAGGUCGUUUCCACUGCUACUUUGAUGACGACUGUGAGACCAGGAAAGUAAAAAAAAAAAAUUUGAAUAAAGGAAAAAAGAUUACCUGGGCUGACGUUAGUCAGGACACUGCAGCAAUUCAAGUUUUUUCAGAUGGUGAUGAUAAUGCAGGUGGCAUUUCAGAUACUGAUGACUUUUCAGUGGCCUUAGAUAAACCUAGCCAUCAUCCUACAGCAAAGAGGCCUUAUGAACAAUCCUGGCGAGUGGCUUCUCGAUGCCAGGCUGUAAAAGUCAGCCAUGGAACUCAAACCAAUCUCACAAAAGAGUCAGCGACGAAAGCAAGUGGACCAGAGGAAGACUCGCCAACAAGGAAGCGUUUACUUUUACAGAAAGACAGAAAAAUGAGAAACAGAGUGCAAAUUGGAACACUUGAAUUUCCUGAAACAUGUACUAAAGUUUUGAAGCCUUUGCAACCCAAUGCCUUAGUCUAUGUUAUUUCUUCAAAUAUGAAGUUUCAAAAUGGUGAAUCCUUCAACUUUGCUAAAAAGUACCUUGGUGGCAGAAGUAGUCGAGAUGUUAGCAUACAGUACAAAUAUAAGCGGAGGUCCUUUGAUUACUAUGACCCAUUGAAUAAGAAAAUUGUAACGAAUCCUCCAGAAUCUGACAGAAAUAACUGGCUUCAAAUUCACUUGAGCGACCUAAGCUCCAGUUCAGAUGAAGAUGGUCCUGCAGAAGGCUUUGAUCCAACAGGCAUUUUGACGCUAAGAGAUGAACUAAUGGCCUAUCCGGGGGCGCGUAUUUCUCCCGAACGUGUGCCAAGACCAGGGACUUCGAGUGCUAGUCAAGUUCCAUCGGGAAGUAAUUUCCAGUCAACUCCUGUAGGCGGCGAUGCUGCCAGAACCUCCCCCAAAUCAGCCACACGGAAGAUACUGGAAGGUAAAAAGAAGAUUCAGAGAAGGAAGAUGAAAACUAGCAAGCCAGGUUUCCCCCAGAAGGUUUAUAAACCAAUUAUUCUCCACCAAAAACCGAGAAUCGCUUCCGAAAAACCGUCCAUUUGGAUUCGGACCAAACUAAGUGAUAUAAUUAGGAAGUAUAUUUCAAAAUACUCUGCUUUUUUGCGUCGCAAAUAUCAGUCCAGGAGCGCCUUUAUUCGACUGCAUCUUAAGAAAAAAUGCGACGUCACUAAAUCAAAGAAGGCGAAGAAACCAGCGAAAAUGCCUUUGGGCUCACCGGCUCCCUCGGGGCCGCCGGGGCCACCGGUUCCCUCGGGGCCACCGGGGCCGUCGGUUCCCCCGGUUCCCUCGGGGCCGCCGGUUCCCUCGGUUCCUUCGGGGCCGCCGGUUCCGUCCGUGGCGGCUGCUGAGGGGCAGUUGGGAGCAGUCCCUAGCUGUUCUCCCAAGCCACCUGUGCAGAACUCUUGGCCCGCUGCAGGAAGAAAGCGGAAUGGUACUAAAAAACGCCCUAGGAAGAGAAGAAGAAAGCCUUUUAGACCUGUUAAAAUAUAUGCUUUGAGAAGCUUAUAUUCUCAGCAUGCGCAGUGCGUCCUGUGCCAGGCAAUAGCAACGGCAUCCGUAUCGGCAUCAGCAUCAGCAUCAGGACCCGAAGGCGCGCUCGGGCGCGCUCUCGAGGGCGGGGCGCACGCCCGCGCCGCGCGCCCCCGCGCCGCUCGCUCUCACGCGCCGUCUCAGCAUCCUCAGCCCCAGCAGCAGCCCCCGCAGUUGCUGGAGCGGCCGCGCCCGCCGCAGGGAGGGAGGAGCAUCUGGGGAGGCUCCAAGUUGGCGGAGCGACUAGGACCCCCGGACUCUUCAGCGGCCGCCCGGGAGGGGCUGAGAGGCGAGCAGGGGAGGGGGCGCCGCCCAGCCCCUAGUCCCGAGCCCCGAGCCCCGGCCCCCUGCCCGCGGCGGCACCAUGCGCGCUGA